AUGGCAACCUCACCAGCAGCGAAAUCGGCAGCGACAACGACUCCAUCACCAUGGCUGGGGGACGAACCCGGCGCCUUGAACAUCGAUAAAGUCCUGCAGCAGGUAUCGCAAGAUGACCAGGAAGAGUGGGAGUACGAAUACUCCGCCACUGAGACAGAGACUUACUAUCUGACAGUCGAACUAUCAUAUCCAGAGUUCAAAGAACGCCCGGCAAAAGCCCACCAUCACAGCCGCGGUGGUUACUACAAGAACUGGUCAGACCAGUACGCAGAUCACCUGAAACUCGACGCCAAGCCCAGUGAUCAUGCCGUCGGACCGCAGGAUUCCAAUGACCAAGAUGACCGCAAUGGCCAAGGCAAUGAUCGGGAUGACGAGGAGAACCCUGAGCCAGAACAGAAUCCUCUAGGAGAAGAGCGGGAGGAAAAUGCAGAGGACGCAAACAUAGAUCCGCGCCUCAGAGCCAUGGGAGACGCUGGCCGCAACGAUGCUACAAAACCAACAAAGCACGGGAGAAAGGACAAGGGAAAGGGAAAAGAAAAGGAAGUGGAAACAGCGAUAGCAGUGACGGAGGCGACAGCAGACGACGUGGAACGAGCCGACGAGCCCCUGGAAGAGAUCCAGAUCCUCGAGCUUCACUCUCACAACCCAAUUAUAUCCUACAGGGGCCGGGUGUUUGAGGGGCAGUGGGCAGAGGUCAUUGGAACGGAGGCGAUCCUGGCAGACCGUGACGCCAAAGACGCCGCCCAGCUACCAGCUCUUCGCCAUCUUCCCGGCGGCGUGGACAUACUCGGAGCCUGCUCCUCGCGUCUCUUGACUACUGAGAAGAUCUUGAAGCCCAAGGUGGCUCAAGAGGACUCUUUGGCAGCUAUUCGCGAGGAGUGGAACAUUCGCAUCCCUCCUGGAAAGGAUCGGACUGGCGAAAGGGCGCAGCAGCUACGCUUCCUGGAAAAUCUCAUCGCCCUGAAGAAGAAGAGGGGAGACCCAGAUGAAGUCACGGUUUACGCGUUGGAUGGGCCUGGAAAGGACUUUGACGACAGAAAGGGGCCAGACUUCAAACCUCGCAGAAAGAAGCCCAGUCUUGGUGUUGAUCAGAGUAAUGAAGCCGGCCAGGACGAGAGAAGAGAGCGUCGAUAUACCAGGCGAAGCCAGGGGCGCCGAGGGGGUCGACGAAGGAGGGCAUUCGCUGCGAGGGGAGGCUCAGCGGCAACAGACAGGAGCGCCGGAUCAAAUCUGGAUUCGAAUACACUAUCCACCCCAACGCCAAGCCAUUGGGACGAGCUAUUCGGCAUCCAAGAGGACGAGGAUGAAGAUGAUAGUAUCAAUGACGUCUCCGACAGCGAUGGACCAGGGAGACGGGGCGCUUCUUCCGGUGAAGACCAUGAUGACGACGAAGAAGGGGACGAGGACGACAAUGACAACGACAACGACGGCGAUGUGAUGAUGCUUGAUUAG